AUACACUCCACUAGAACUCCGUAGCAUUCAACCUAAUGUCAUUAUUCAGUGUUAAACCAAACAUAGACUCUUUUAUAAAAUAAACACUUGGCGAGCUGGCGUCCGGGGCACGUUGUGUGGUAGCUGUGAGCCAGCAUGUUUCGGCGCAACAUCGCCCAUCCGGUCAUUCGGCAGUUUAUCCUACGCACCGCAGUACUCAAUCAUCUGGGCAAGUGUCUGCAGAAGCAAUGGAACGACUGGAGUCGCCUGAACGCCCAGCUCACCAAAAAAAGAUCCCUUAAGGACAUGGAAUCUCUGGGUGAGGAGACCCGGCAGACACUCGCCGAGUUACAGGCGAAGGCGGACGCCUCGCAUCGCCUAUUGCAGCGGGAGUACAACGAGCUCUUCACUUACAUGAUGGACAAACGCGAGAUGUAUAGUCCCGAGUACUUUAAGGCCAAGACGGCUCUAGGGGCGGCUAACCACAACCUGCGUAAGUUUGUACCCAAGAAACGAAUGGACUGAAGGGAGACUUG